UACAGUCAAGAUGGCAGCGAUGGCGGGCGGAGACGAACAUGCUGCCGCUGACGUUUUGCGAGGACUCGCUCGACAUGUGAACUGUUUGAGCGAAGACAAUAUGUCCACCCGCAGGAGGGCCCUGGACCAAAUCAAGAGGGACACCGUCGACGGAGGACUUUCCGGCGGCGUCCUACAGGAGCUUUUCUCUGCCCUGCUAAAGCCUCUCCUCAAGUGCCUGUCAGAUCCGAGCGAAAGGUGCCGAGACACCGCGAUAGCGACGAUCACAGAGUUCGUCCGCUGCGUGCCCAGGCCGGAGGAGUCUCUGCCCUAUCUCAUGCCCUGCCUGGCUCAGCGGCUCGGGGAGAAAGACAUCCUGGAGCCCGCGGAGGAGCUUCGGCUGUCGGCCGUGGAGCUGCUGUCUCUUACGGUGGAGUUGUGCGGGAAACACCUGGCGCCGUAUCUAACCGAAAUGAUCAACAUACUGCAGAGAGCCAUCGUCGACCCCUUCCCGGAUGUCAAAAGAGAAAGCUGCAGAUGCGCAGUGGAGUUUGCGACGCGUGUUCCAGAGCACUUUCAUAUGCAAGCUGAGAACCUGGUGAAGCCUCUGAUGCAGACGAUUUCUCAUCAGCACUCCAGAGUACGAGUGUCUGCCAUAGAAACCACCGGGGCCGUCAUUCAGCAUGGCACCGGGAAGAACGUGGAUGACGUCCUCUCUCACCUGGCGCAGAGACUGUUCGACGACUCGCCACAGGUGAGGAAAGCUGUGACUGUAGUGGUUGGGAAUUGGCUACUUCACAUGAGAGACAGAUACUCUUAUUUCCACAAACUCAUCCCGCUCCUGCUGAGCAGCGUCAACGAUGAGAUUCCAGAAAUCAGACUUCUAGCAGCUGAUUUAUGGAGACAGGUAGGAGCACAGUGGGAGAAGGAGAAUGAGGACGACAUUAAGGAUAAGAUGGACUUCCUCCUCACCCCACCUCCCUUCUACCCACCAGGAGUGGAGCGUCCGGGGCUGGGCUGCAGAGAGCUGGUGAUCAGGAAUCUGGGCAGACUGGUGCCAGCCAUAACCCACGAUGUCACCGACUGGCUGGUGCCCACGCGGGUCCGGACGUCUCAGCUGCUCUCUGUGCUGCUGCUCCACGCCGAGGACCACAACACGCAGCAUCUGCAGCCUCUCCUGGCCACUCUCUAUCGGGCCUGCACCGACUCCGAGAGGGACGUCGUCAGCAAUUGCCUGGCUGCUGCUAAACUGUUGGGGACCUUUGUCCUUCCGGCCGCCUUCCUCAAGCUGCUGCUGGAUCAUGUGACGACGCCCCAGUCUUCCUCUCAUCCCUGGGCCCCCCUCAUGGUGCUGGCUGCGGUGCUGGGUGGCUGUGCCCGAGCCCUCCUCAAACCACAUCUUGAGCAGAUCGCCAACACGCUGGCUCAGCCCGACGUCUGCCAGGAAUAUCAACAGGUGAUGUACUUGGAGCAGUUGCUGGCCUGUGUGGAUGUGCUGCUACGUCAGGGGGAGUCAGACUGUGGCGCGGUCAGCCUCCAGCUGCUGCAGGUGCUGGUCACUGUCCAGAGUCUCUCCCCCUCUCCAGAACUCAGUGAAAAGGCCUUGGAGAGCGUGCAGUGCUUGUGUAAGGUGCAGGGCCUGGACUCGGGGGUGGACCUCUAUAGGCAACACAUGGGUCGGCUGCUGGACUGGCUGUCUGCCACUGUCAACACCUGGUCCAGUUACUCCCCACAGAGACUCCAACUGCAUAUCAUAGUCAUACAAUCAGGUCCAGUGAUCGGGGAGUUUGUGGACCAGCUGAUGCCCCUGCUCUGGAGCUGCCUCCAGCCCGACAAGGACCCCGAGAUGAGACUGAGCAUCUUCACAAUGCUCGCCAAGUUGCUACUGAACGCAGCCAACACACUGGAUUCCCAGGGGCAUUUCCGUGACGGGGCCGAGAAGUUCCUGUGCGACGUCCUGCUUCCCAACCUGGUGUGGCGAGCAGGCCGCAUCGCCGCUGCCGUCCGCACCUCGGCGCUCAGCUGCCUGCUGGCCCUGCUGCAUGGAGGGGCAAUCACACCCGGACAGCUGCUGUGUGUGGAGGAGAAGCUCCGACCCCAGGUGUUGUCGGCCCUGGAAGAGGACUCUCAGAUGGGCCGCCUGUUGGCUUGUCGGUCCGUGUCCACCAUGCUCAAACUCAUAGGACACAGUCUGCCCCCUGAGGCCCUCAACAAGAUCUACCCUGAUCUGCUGAAACGUCUGGACGACAGUAGCCAGGAGGUGCGUGCCGCGGCUCUGCAGGCCCUGGGCCGGUGGCUGUCCAACCUGACCAAGGAGUACCACCCGGAGCUCUGGGCUCCUCAUCUGCAGCUCCUCUUCCAGCAGCUCCUCCUGUACCUGGACGACCCCGAUGCCACGGUGCAGGGCCAAGUGUUCGAGAUGCUGAAGGAAGGCAGCUCGGUCCACCCGGCCCUCCUGCAGAAGGAGGUGGAGGCUGUGAGAGACAAACAGCGGAGUCCUCUCUACUGCGACCAGCUGCUGCAGCACAUCAGCUCCCUGCCCAGAGACACCAGCACCCUGUCCUGAGUGACACCACAUGCCUUCAUUCAGGAGAGGACAUCUUUAGAACAGCCUUUCAAAUGUCUGCGAAGGAGUAGAUCGGAUUUUUUUUUUUAUCCUGACACUUUUAAGAGUUCUUGAACUAUAUUUGUUACCAAUUCGGUAGAGGACAGAUGGAAGAUGUGGUUGUUACCCUUUCAAGUUUUACCUGCCUCCGGUUGAAGUGUGUUGACAUUGGGUUUUCACAACAAGGCAGGUAAAUAUGUUGGACAUGAGUCAGACUUGAUAAACAACCUGCAGGCUGAGAUGAGGUGGCCUGUUGCAAUGUGGAACAACGCCCACCACAGCAUGAAUGGCCUGAAGAACUGUCGUCCAUUUUUUUAAGAGUUAACUUUUUCACAAUGAGGCUUGUUUUUGUCUGCCCCUGUUGUAUUUUAUGUUAUUUUGCUUCUGUCGUUUGAUUCACUGUGAUUGACUUUGCAUACGUUUCUAUGAAUCUCUCCUUCCUGCAGCCAAACUCUGCUCAUCCCAGCCUCCAGGUGGUGCUGAGUCUCAAUACAAAGUGCAUUUAUCUUCAUACAGUUUUAUAAACACUUAACUUUGCAGACGUGUUAAUAAAAAUCCCAUGGAAAUUUGAA